AGGCUCAUCUCCCUGUCCUUAUAACUCUUGCCGUAAUUCCCAGCCUCUCAUUAGACAUCUCAUUUCGGUUUCACUUUGCGCAAGUCUAAUUGAAGCUUGAUACAGGCUGAAACUUCGUCCUCUCACCCUUCUGUCAAUCACCGCAAGCUCUACCCUGCUUAGCUUGGUGUUGUUGUUGUUCGACACGUCUAAACACAGAGAGUUUCAAACGCCAGUACGCCACUCAUGGCAGCCGGACGACCAAUCCUCGGCUUUUUGGCCCUGUUCUUCGUCGCAGGAGCUCUGUUGCUGAUGUUCUUGACUUUCCUCGGCGGAGUCAACAACCACGUUCCUCUCAACGACAUCUACUUCCUCCAAGCAGAUACUUCACGCAUCCCGGGCGCGCCAUCCACAUCGAGAUGGACAUUUUGGAACGUCUGCCCUGUUUCCGAUGGCAAGAGUCAAUGUGGAGAUGUUCACCCCGACUUCCCCUUUGAUCCUCCUUCUUCACUCAACUUUGGCACCACUGAGAAUGUUCCUCUCGAAUUUAUCGGAACACGCCAUUAUUUCCUGAUGUCCCGAUUCAUGUUUCCCUUUAUGCUCAUCGCCUUGUUUUUCGCAACGCUUUCUCUAUUCCUUGGUCUUUUGGCUCUAUGCACUCGCAUCGGAAGUUAUCUCUCCAGUCUUCUUGCCUGGAUUGCAUGGGUCUUCCAGGUCAUCACAGCCUCUCUCAUGACUGCCUGUUUCGUCCAAGGUCGCGACCACUUCAACAGCUUUGGCGAGUCCGCUCGUCUUGGUCGCAAGGCUUUUGGCUUCAUGUGGGCAGCCGUUGCAUGUUUGACCCUUUCCACCGUCUUAUACUGCAUGGGCGGCGCAGCAGGUCGUAGCAGUUCAAGUGGAUAUAGCGGUCGGGAGACGAGACGACGCGGCUUCUUUGCUUCUCGACGAUCUAGCACCAGGUCUCGCGGUAGCUUCCGAAGCAAGCGGGAAGAUGCUGUGUAAAGGGUGAUGUUUUCGACACAAUUCUUUUCUCGAGUUUCGAUUUUUGUCUAUAUCUCAGUGACCGGUUCCCACCCUUCCCGGUAUUCGACAAGAUGAAAACGGACCUGCGAAACAAAUGUUAUCACUUUUCUCUGCGCUACACAGCAGAGAGAAACAUUCACGAUCUUUUCCUACAUCACGCAAUUUUAUGACGACCAAGCUAAUCCAGGUAUUGAGCGAUUUCGAUCUAUUUGAUUGUUCAAACCAAGAAGAGAAUUUUACGAUGAUCAUGCCUCCCCCUUUUUUUCAUACUAUCCCGUUAGUCAACGUGCGUGGAUGGUGAUGUUUCUAUACGAUCGCUUGAUAAUAGUAGCUAAUACUGUAGUUAAUUUCACUAAUACAAACCUGUGUACCAACACGUU